AUGCUCUAUAAGCCAAGUAUAAUACCUAAUUCGCGAAGAGCUCUUAUAGUAGAGCUCGUACCGAAUCUCGCUCGGCCUAAGGAGCAGCGCCUUGGCGCUGGUGCAGAUCGAUCUAAUCGAUUUAAUAAAUUCUCUUUUCCCGGAAACGCUUUUAGGUCAGCGAUCAAGACCCUUGGAUCGUCCCGCAAGGACUCGAAUACGCUGAAGCUCUUCCGCCACUACUUAGUUAACGAGAUAGAAUACGGCGCUAGACCUGAAUACGGCUUCUAUUCGGAUGACUCGGACGAUGGGCCUUACUCCGAUGCUCUUGAAGAUUACCAGGAGCUCCUUCUUGCUGACUCCGACGCUCUUAAUAGGGGAAACCUUCGAGACAUGCGAUACUUCGACCUUACGAAGCUUCUUGGUGGUAAAACCAUGACUAUAUUCGUCACCCUUAUUAAGAAUGGCUUUUCGUACAAGGUAUCUGCUUUGCUCGACUCAAGAGCUAAUGGGUACGCGCUGAUUGACUUAGCGCUACUCAAAUCACUUUCUUUCUUUCUUAAGCUUUUGAUUCAACCCUUUUCGGCCUUAUUCCUUAUCAAAUCAUAUAAUGGAGCUCGUAGAGCUAUUAUCUUAUAUUUUGCACUUCUCAACCUUACGGUUGAUAAGCGCGUUUAA